ACCCACCAUACUUUUUGUACUUCGGUUGAAGUUUCCCUUUAAUUUCUUCAUUCGCACUUCACUUCUCACCAUUGCAUUUCGCUCAGAAAAACCAGAAGAAGUAGAAGAAGAAGAAAGGAGCCAUGAAUGUUUCCAGCUUAAAAGCUCGGUACCUUGACUCUUGCCAAAAACACGAGGUGCAACCCAAUUCAGCAAUUCUAUCAUGGUUUUCUCAGGCCAAAAUUCAGAGUUCGAACAACGAAAAGUGUAGCAUAGUGAUUUCGUUAGACCAGCUAAGGGAUGCCGAUAUUUUGCCUCUAACCAACCUACUUAUGUCAAGUGACUCGGCUGACAUUGAUGCCGUUGACAUAUUUCUGGAAUCCAAUAGUGACUUGGGCAAAGAAAAUGUUAAGACCUUGAUAAAUGCAGUCAAUCUAAAGCUUCGAGUCAUCGAUCUCCAGGAUUUGGCAUUGGGGAAUGAUUUUCUGUGGGAUCUCUUACAAGGUUGCUUGGCUUGCCAAGUCUUCAACUUGAGGUCUAUUAAUAUCCAGAAACUCAACAUGGUUGGAAGCUUUUUGCAGCUGCAUACGCUCCGUCUGGACUUUUGUACUUCACUUGCUAGUUUGCAGAAGGACUGUUUUUCUGGCAUGCCUAAUUUGAUGCGUCUCUCAAUGUGCGAGACAACAAUUGCUAAUCUCAUGGCAACAACUGGUGCUCUAUCAAAACUUCCGUCUUUGGUGGAAUUACGGUUCCAAAGUUGUUUGUGCUGCAAGGACACUGGGGCAUGUUCUAAUUUACAAGGACAACACAACUUACAGAGUGAGGUUCAAGAAAAAGAUGAGUUCCUUGUAAGUGUGUGUAAGCUAGACCUGAAGAAUCCCGCUAUCACAUUAAAGUAUAUAACUCAUUGUCGCUCGCCCAUAUGCUUUGAGAAAUAUUACCGGGAGUACAUGAUUUCAAUGCUCCCUGGUUUGGAAGUUUUGGAUAAUCUUCCUAUCGGAAAGACCGAAAGGGAAUUGGCCAUGACAACUGCAGAAAAAUACUAUGAAUACUUACCUUACAAGAGACAUCACAAAGAAAGUGUUGUUAGUGUUUUGCAUAAGCGUGAAAUGGGAACAAAUGUUAUACACUACCAAAGACCAUUCAAGCCAAAACAGCUGCAUCCUUAUAGAAAUGGCCAGAAUUUUUUCUUGAGGUCCCUUUGCGCUGCCAAAAUCGGGUCUUCAAUGUGGCCACUCUUACAUCCGCUGUCUAAGUUUAGCCACUCAUUUAAAACCGAAAACAAGAAGCUUCGUCCAAGGCAGUUUGAGUAUCAUCCAUCAAACCCCAGUCUUAUGGUUUUCGGAAGCCUGGAUGGUGAAGUAGUUGUUCUCAACCAUGAAAACGAGAAAAUAGUUGGUUAUAUCCCAUCCGUAGGAAGAGCAAUGAGCAGUGUCUUGGGGCUUUGUUGGCUCAACAAAAAUCCAUCAAAGCUUGUUGCUGGUUCAGAUAAUGGUUCCUUGAAGUUGUUUGACAUCAAUUACAUGUCACGAGAAGUUUCAGGCUCCUUCUGCAGCUCCAGUGCUGCAACUUUUGACGAUUUCGAGCAGUUGACUUCUCUUCAUGUAAAUUCAACUGAUGACCAGCUUCUUGCUAGUAGUUACUCUAAAGGUCUUGCUCUAUAUGACCUAGCAAGUGGAAAGCGUUUACAGUUGUUCACUAAUAUUCACCAAGAACCAAUCAAUGUUUCCAAAUUUUCCCACCAUUCCCCUUAUGUGUUUGCUACUUCAUCAUUUGACCAUGAUGUGAAGAUGUGGGAUUUGAGACAGAAUCCAAUGCGGCCUUGCUAUACAGCUUCAAGCUCAAGAGGAAACGUGAUGGUUUGCUUUUCUCCCGACGACCUUUAUUUGCUUGUUUCAGCUGUUGACAAUGAGGUUAAGCAACUUUUGGCGGCAGAUGGGAGGGUUCACAUGAAUUUUGAAAUAGCUGCCACAGGAAGUUCUCAUAAUUAUACUCGUUCAUAUUACAUGAAUGGAAGGGACUAUAUUAUCAGCGGGAGUUGUGAUGAGAAUAUAGUUCGCAUUUGCUGCGCUCAAACUGGAAAGCGACUGAGGGAUGUCCAUUUGGAGGAUACAGAGUCAGGAAAUUCAAUAUUUGUGCAGUCCUUACGGGGUGAUCCUUUCAGGCAUUUUCACAUGAGUAUAUUAGCAACCUCGACACGUCCAAGCUCUAAGUGGGAGAUUAUAAAGGUCAAUUUACUUAGAUCAAGUUGCUACUCAGAAGAGUAUUCGUCUGGCCAAUGUUUUCACCCUUCCUGCUGUCUCGGAGGUUGAUUUAUAUUUCUGUGCUUGAUUUCUCCUCGAAAUGAAGCGCCAUAACUUAAGUAGCUCCAAGACUACUUCAGUGCCUCCCGGAGCAAUGAUAAGGGCAACGUACGCAGUUUUCCACUCCUUAGGCAGCUCUGAGAUGUUGAAUCCUUUCAUUAUGUUGAUGACACUCAUGAUGAUUGUGGCGUAUCCUACUGCAUAGUGAAACAAAUCCAGAAGACCCCCUUCUCUUAUCUGUCUUCUUUGGCCUCAAAGAAAAAGCUACCGCCAAUUGAAUACAAGCAAGAACAAACAGUGUUAUCCCUAUGCAUCUAUGGCCUUUAUAUUCAAUCCCUUGGAGACAUGGCACCGAGAUAGAUACCAGUUCCCCGCCCGGCUACCCCGCCAACAAGGCCCAGCAUUUGGAAUCCUCUGAACAUUGAACCAUGUCGGGUCAGCCCCUUUGAUAUUUUUGAGAUGCCUAGCCACCAUAGCCACGAUAGCCCCGACAGGAAUCAGUAUGCCCCAGCUGAUGGUUUUGACAAUUCCAAGAGCAUACUUCAUGGUUGUUCUCAUAUACAACAGAUACGUCAUACAACGGGAAGCUGAGAUUUCCUUGUUACAUCCGAGUCUCGUAGCUGUUGAUUCUUGAAGAAUAUACAGACAUAGUUCCAUCUGUUCUUUUGAAAGCAAUGAUGGAAUUGUGAACCGACCAAUGCCGGUAGAGGGAGGGAUUCUGGCCCAUGCUACCCAUCUCGAGUCACCACAGUUUGUAGUAAAGGCAACGCUGUAAUUUUACAGCAAAUAGUUACUAGACUCACUGCUGUUAUUUUUUUCCCUGCAUUUUCAUGUAAGAAGCCAAGAGACUGAGGAGUAACUUUGCCUGCAAGGAAACCGAAACUUUGGUAAACCCUAUGCUCUUGUGAGUGCAAACAAAUGUGUAAAAUAUUCAGUUUGGAGUGCAAAUGACUAAACGAGGAUAGAGAAAAUCGUUACCGUUA